AUGUCGUCCCAAUAUAUACAACUUGUCCGAAAGCAGAGCCCAAAAGAGAGAAUCAAAAAAGAUGGCUACCACUUGAUUCGGCACGGCGCUAAAAAGAAGUCGAAGAGAAUCAGUGACGAAGAACAAGAUUCGGACAACGAAGAUUCUCAAACUUCAAUCAAGGAAUCUCUGAAAGAGAACGUGUUCAUGUAUCUGCCGCGAAAAGCACUGCCAUUCUUCAAAAUCGUGUUAUCCGUUGGGAUCAUUUUGAUGCUAUGCUUGAUCUACGAAAACUCCGGAGACACGCUUCAAAUCGACAACAUGAGUAUCAUGCCUUCAAUACCAAAUAUCCUGGACGGAAAUUUCUUCCUCAAAGCAAAGCCUCAGCGAAUUACAGACUUGAUGGGAGACACGCAAAAUGUCCGAAUCAGAGAAAAUAUCACCACCAUCUUGAACCACAAGACAUUCUUCCGAGAGUCGAUUCCGAAAUCGGUCGAUUACAACAAAGACUUUGCCUUUGUUCUGUUGCAUGACAAGCAUACUGAAGCACAAGGAGGAACCGGCUGUUGUUCUGGCCUGUGGCUUUGGUUGGGCACCUUUCAUAGACUCUCUCGUGAGGGAUACAGAGUCGUGGGCAUUGAUCUUCCCGGACAUGGAUUCAGUGAGGGAAACCAACUUGACAUCCGCGAGUCUGCUCCGUUCAUGAACGAAUUCGUAAAGCUUUUCCAGCUGUCCAAGAUAAUUCUUGUUUCGCCAUCUACCUCUGUCAAGAUCUCGCUUCCAUUUGCCUCUUCCUCACCGUCUUCUCUCGCCGGGCUAGUCAUUCCGUCUCCAGUCACAACACUCAAGUAUACCAACGAAGCCAACAUGCAAAAUUUGCAGACUCCAACUUUCAUCACAUACGGCGCCGACGACAAGAACGCACAGAACGACUACGAAAAGGCGCUAAGCAAGAUUCCCAAUCACACCAGGAGCGUACCCAACACGAGGACAGUCGACGACGGCGUCUCCUUGGUUUACUUAGAUGACCCGACCCACUUCCACGACGAAAUCAUCAAUUUUGCCAAAAAGAUCGAACUUUAA